AGAGGAUCGACGAGUCCUGCGACUAAAGACAACUCUUGUUUCCAAACUGCGGGAACACGUAAUUUUUGACGCACCAGCUCACUGGAUCUUGAGAGCGGAUUAUACAGCAUAUUCGGCUGUUCCACGUGCGACUAUGGAGAGGCAAUUUUAAUGAGUCUUACUUAAAAUUGUUUUGUGAGGGAAAUAAGAUGCGACUUGUUGGAAACGGACUGACACUCCUCGCUGUGUUGCUGAGGAUCUGCGGCAGUUUGACAGUCAAGGAAAAAGUUUGCAAGGGAACCAGCAAUCAAUUGGCGCUGCUGGGGACGUAUGACGAGCACUAUGACAACCUGGUCAGGGUGUACACCAACUGUACGGUGUUGCUGGAGAACCUGGAGGUCACCUACAUCCAGCAGCACCGCGACCUCUCCUUCCUCUCCUCUGUUCGGGAAGUGGGCGGGUAUGUCCUGAUUGCCAUCAACAAGGUAGACACCUUCCCAUUGGCCAAUUUGCGGCUAAUCAGGGGUCACACCCUCUAUGAUAAGAAGUACGCCCUGGUGGUGAUGGCAAACUAUGACAAGAACAACACUUCAGAGACCCUGAACUACACCAGUGGACUGAGGCAACUGGAGCUCACUGGACUGACUGAGAUUAUGAAGGGGGGUGUGAAGUUUGCCAACAAUCCUCUGCUGUGUAAUGUUGAAACCAUUCAGUGGUCGGAUAUUGUGGACCAAUCAACUCAUCCCACAAUGCAGUUCAUGAAUCAAACCUUUCCACGCAAUUGUGGAAACUGUGAUCCAAGUUGCAAUGGCUCCUGUUGGACUGCUGGACCUCAGCACUGUCAGACAUUCACUAAACUGGUUUGUGCAGGCCAGUGUUCUGGAAGAUGCCGUGGUCCCAAACCCAAGGACUGCUGCAACGAGCAGUGUGCUGCUGGCUGUACAGGUCCCAGCGCAACUCAGUGUCUGGUUUGUAAGACCUUCAGUGACGAUGGCGUGUGUAAGGAGAACUGUCCCCGGCUCAUGAUCUACGACCCCACCCUGCACCAGCUGGCCCCCAACCCCAACGCCAAGUACUCCUUUGGCUCCGCCUGCGUCAAGUCCUGCCCCUAUCACUAUGUGGUCACGGACGAUGGAGCGUGUGUGCGAUCGUGCAGCGCAGGAUCGCGCGAGGUCAAGGAGAAUGGAGUUCAGCACUGCAAGAAAUGUGACGGGCCCUGUCCAAAAGCUUGUGACGGGGUGGGGGUGGGCUCCCUGCAAGGCGCGAUCAGCAUCAACGCCUCCAACAUUGAGUCCUUCCGGAACUGCACCAAGAUCAACGGCGGUGUGCCCCUGAACGCUAUCACCUUCAGCGGAGACAAGUAUGACAACAUCCCUCCCAUGGAUCCUGCCAAACUGGAGUAUUUUAGGACAGUGAAGGAAAUCACGGGGUACUUGUUUAUUCAUCAGUGGCCAGAGAACAUGAGCUCUCUGGCCGUCUUCGAGAACCUGGAGAUUAUCCGAGGACGGCACACACACAACCAGUACAGUCUGGCGGUGGUCCGAGCCCCCCACCUGCGCUGGCUGGGCCUGCGGUCCCUCAAGGAGAUCAGCGCGGGGAAGGUGAUCAUCAAGCAGAACCCGUUGCUCUGCUACACCGGGCCCCACCGGUGGGCCCGCCUGCUGCACGCCAGCGGAGAGACCGUGAUCGUGAACAACUCCAACCAGACCACCUGUGAGAUACAGAAUCAAACCUGUGACCCUGAGUGUACAGAUGCAGGCUGCUGGGGGCCUGGCCCCGACAUGUGUAUCUCCUGUCUACACUUUAACCGCAGGGGGCGCUGUGUGGUGCUCUGUAACCUGCUGGAAGGGGAACCCAGAGAGGGAUUAGUCAACAGCAGCUGUGUACAAUGUCACCCAGAAUGCCUUGCAAAGAGCGGGACGCCUACCUGUCACGGCCAGGGGCCCGACCAGUGUUUCGAGUGUGCCCACUCAAAGGACGGCCCCCACUGCGUGAGCCGCUGUCCCCACGAGGUCCCUGUCGACGGGGAGACGGUGAUCUCCAAGUACGCAGACGCUCAGGGACUCUGUCAGCCCUGCCACCAGAACUGCACCCAGGGGUGCUCAGGACCUGGACCGGCUGGGUGUCAUAGGUCAGACAGAAUCUUAUUAAUAUUUUAAUGCUGCAUUUUAACAUCACUUCUACCUAGAAUGGUAGAAGGAGGGGGCAUCCGUGGCAUACUGGUUAAGGUGUAGGACUGGUAACCGGAAGGUGGCCAGUUCGAAUCCCGAACCUCCACGGAUGAGGUGCCCUUGUGCCCCCAUGUGUGUAACUGCAUGUGUGUACCUGCGUGUGCACCUGUAUUUGUGUACCCCACGUGUGUGGACCUCUGUAUGUGUAUGUGUUCACCGGCUACCCGGAUGGGUUAAAUGCAGAGAAAGAAUUUCCCCCUAAAAAGGGAUGAAUAAAGGACUUGUC